AGUGAACAGACGUCAAGCAUGGAGGGACGGUGUUUGAAGGGCGCUCGUGCAUCUGUCUUAUAUAAUCUUGAUUUUCGCUGAACAAGACGGUGACGCGGGCCAUGGCUACCUCUGUGUGAUGGAGCAGGCUUGGUGUAUACCGAGAGGUGCUUGGGAGUACCGGGAGCUGCUCAUGUGGGCCAGAAAAGCUCAUGAUAUUGAUUUGAAACGCGGUACACGUGCCAGAUUGGUAUCCCUCACGUCUUCUCCCGUCUUGAAAUUCUUAACUCAGCAUCGGAUUCUGCCCUCAGCCCGUCGCCAGCGUACUACCCCUCCGCAUCAAUUUGCGAACCCGUGAGGAAGGCGACAAACAAAACGUAGGCUGUAGACGGCAACAGUCACGCAAACUUUUGUGCUCAAAUGCUGAAAAGAAGACACUGAAACUCUUAGCACGUAAAGGAAGAUUGAGGAGAGUGACAUAAGAAGUUACUCAAAACAUAAGAGGUUCAAAUAAUAAUAAAGCAUCAGUUCCCUCAAUAUGUGGCCAGCGGGUCGUCGGAUGGUGAGUGUGGUGCCUCGCCUUGCCUUCGCAGCGGCCCGGUGCACCGCCACGGCCUCGGGACACGCCAAGGGGGAGUACUCAACGGACAAGGAGACUCACUUCGGGUUUGAACAUGUGUCAGAAGAGGAGAAGGCUCAGAAAGUGCACAAAGUGUUUGAGAAUGUGGCUGACAAGUAUGACCUGAUGAAUGACCUUAUGUCGGGCUUCGUUCACCGGGCGUGGAAGGACCACUUCGUUUCCCGUCUGCAGCCCAGACCCAACACAAGGCUGCUGGAUGUGGCUGGUGGGACAGGUGACAUUGUGUUCCGCUACAUCCAGCACCUUCGUUAUGCCAGUCUGGGGGCCAGGGUGGGUGCUGCAGCCUCCCCUCAGCACACCACCACCACUGACAGCAGCACCAGCGACAGCAGCAGUAGUGACAGCGAUAGUGACAGUAGCCAGCGACUGUAUGAGAUCAGUGUCUGUGACAUCAGCGAGAGCAUGCUGGGUGUGGGGCGGCAGCGGGCAGAGGCUCUGGGCCACCGGGGCAUCGACUGGGUGUGUGGUGAUGCCCAGAAGCUUCCCUUUGAGGAGGGGGAGUUUGACUGCUACACAAUAGCUUUCGGUAUCAGAAAUGUGGUGGAUGUUCAGAAGGCGCUGGAUGAAGCCUAUCGAGUGCUGAAACCAGGGGGAAGAUUCAUGUGUCUGGAGUUUAGCCACGUGAAGAAUCCGCUCGUGCGAUGGGCAUAUGACCAGUACUCCCUCAACGUGAUCCCCCCAAUGGGCCAGGUUGUGGCUGGGGACUGGGCCAGCUACCAGUAUCUAGUGGAGAGCAUCAGAAAGUUUCCAGACCAGGAAACAUUUAAGGAAAUGAUAGAAGAGGCUGGAUUUAGAAACGUGACCUAUGAGAACCUGACACUCGGAGUUGCUGCCAUCCACAGUGGGUUCAAAAUAUGAAUGUUGAGGGAAGGAAAGGUAUGCCACUGUUGAUACCUCCUUGUUACUAAUUUAUUGGUAGUUUGCAGUAUUGAAACUCAAACCACAAUGUACAUAGAUUUGUAUAGAUUUGUUAUUUAAUAUAAAGUGAUGUUGGUAUUAUAUAUGUCCAGAAAUACACCACAUUUGUACCACCAA